CCGUCACCGCGAUGACGAUGGUGACAUGCUUUCAAGGGCAAAACAUUCUGUGGCUGCUGCGCCGACUCAAGUUCUACGUGAUCAUCAACAGCUUCAUCUGCGCCGUCACCGCGAUUGCCCUGCUCCUUCAGACAUGCAUCCCGCACCCCGUCGUCGGGUACUACGUUGGCAUUGUGUUUCGCGUCGCGUGCAUGCUCGGCUGGUUCGAAUGGAUUUCGACGUUCAAAGACAAGAUCUACGGCGCUAAACGGAUAGUCCUGACGCGGCCGCAACAGGUCUCGAUUCUGUGCCACAUUCUCCUCGUCGUCGUGCCGACCGAAAUGGUCACGCUGUGGGUCGGGACAUCGACCGCCUUGGACACCCCCAUGUACACGAGCGUCCUGGAAGAGUUUGUGUACUUCAUCCCGAAAUCGCUCAUCCUCGAGGUCGUGUUUGACUUUUUUCAUUUUGCCAUGCACUACACAUGCCACCAAUUUCCGCUCCUGUACAAAAUGGUCCACAAACAGCACCAUUUGCACCUCCACCCGUCCCCACUGAGCACGUACGAAGAAGCACCGAUCGAUCUCAUCCUGACCAACGUCGUGCCCAUGGCGAUUGCAUUUGCAGUCGGACCGUCCUUGUCGCUCCAUCAGUUGCAUCUUCUCCUUGCGUACAAGACGUACGUCGAAGUGGCUGGCCACUCGGGCCUCGACAUCAAAGGCAUGUCCUUCCCCCAAAUGCCUCUCGUCCAGUGCCUCAACAUUUGCAUUCGCGUUCACGACCACGACUUGCAUCACACGCAUCCCAGCGUCAACUUUGCUAAGCGAUUCAGUCUCUGGGACCGCCUCUUCCGCACGUACAAAGCGUCGACCAUGUAAUAUUCGGAGCUCACCCUUCGACCUAACAGUGCUACAAACACCGUCUAUAUCAUGUGGAA